AUGAAGUCAUCUUCUUCAUUAGAUGAUUAUCAAACUUACAUUGUUCACAUGGACAAGUCUAUGAUGCCAUCACCCUUCACUAGUCACCAUAACUGGUACACUUCCGUACUUUCAUCCCUUUCAGAUGAAGCUCCAACGAUGCAUGUAUACACAUAUAACCACGUCAUGGAUGGGUUCAGUGCAGUUCUGACCAAGUCCCAACUCGCGCAACUUGAGAAGAUGCCUGGUCAUGUUGCGACGUUUGAGGAGAAACUUGGACAGCUUCACACAACACACACGCCUAAGUUUUUGGGACUAAAGAAACAUGCUGCUGGACUAUGGCCGGUUUCUGGGUUCGGUGAAGAUAUGGUUAUUGGCAUACUUGACACCGGAAUUUGGCCGGAAAGUGAGAGUUUUCAUGACAAAGGCAUGUCGGAGGUACCAUCUCGCUGGCGUGGAACUUGUGAAACUGAAAAUUUCUGUAAUAGAAAGAUUAUUGGUGCACGUUCAUUUAGUCAGGGGAUGAAGCGUCGAAGAGAGAACAUUUCAUCAACAGAUGAUUAUGAUUCUCCUAGAGAUUACGAGGGACAUGGAACACACACAUCUUCAACCGCGACUGGUAGUCGUGUGCAGUUUGCUGAUUAUUUCGGAUAUGCGAAGGGAACAGCCACUGGAAUAGCGCCAAAAGCUCGGUUAGCGAUGUACAAAGUGUUGUUCUUGAACGAAUCGUAUGAAGCUGCAGAAAGUGACACACUAGCAGGAAUGGAUCAAGCAAUAGAAGAUGGUGUGGAUCUAAUGUCGUUGUCGUUAGGGUUCAUUGAGACGCCAUUUUUCCAAAACCCUAUUGCAAUUGGAGCAUUUGCAGCUAUGGAAAAAGGGAUCUUUGUAUCUUGUUCAGCUGGUAAUGCUGGCCCUCAUCAUUACACGAUAUUGAAUGGAGCUCCGUGGAUCACCACUAUUGGUGCAGGAACCAUAGAUCGUGAUUUCGCUGCAUAUGUGACAACAGGUGAUGAGAAAUAUGGAACCCUAGUAGGAAAGUCAGUUUCUCCAUUAAAUCUUUUGGUAGAGAGAGUUUCUAUCUACUUUGGACAUGGGAACAGAAGCAAAGAAACUUGUGAUUAUGAUUCUAUUGAUCCCAAAGAUGUUAAAGGCAAGUACAUUUUCUGUGAAUCUGAUGGAAUGUCAUUCGAUGAAUUUAAAACCUAUGGAGCUCUCGGAGUUAUCUUUAGUUCAGACUUCGGAAACUUUCUCCGGCCAAGAGACUUCGAUUUUCCCUACCUUUUAUUGGAGCCGAAGAUCGGAGACUUACUAAAGAGGUACAUAAUUAACACAGCCAACGCAACUGUUAGCGUUAAAUACGGUGAAACUUUGUUAGGUGUAAAGCCAUCUCCUCAGGUUGCAUACUUCUCAUCAAGAGGACCCGACCUGAGAUCUCCAUGGAUACUGAAACCCGAUCUCCUAGCUCCUGGAGUCGAUAUCUUGGCUGCAUGGGCUCCGAAUAGAGAAAGUGCACCAAUUGGAGAUGAUUACCUGCUCAGCGAUUAUAAGCUUGAAUCUGGCACAUCCAUGGCUUCUCCUCAUGUAGUAGGCAUAGCUGCGUUACUAAAAUCAGUCCAUCGUGACUGGAGCCCGGCUGCAAUCCGAUCUGCGAUGAUGACAACUGCCUAUACUCUCGACAAUAACAAAAGCGUAAUCAUGGACAUGACCACUGGAUUACAAGGUACCCCUUUAGAUUAUGGUGCAGGACAUGUUAACCCAAACAAAGCUAUGGAUCCUGGCUUGGUUUACGACAUACAGCCAGAAGACUACAUCAACUAUCUCUGUGCACUGAACUACACAAGAAACGAAAUCCGAGUCAUUUCAAGGAGAUCGGAUGUUAGUUGUGAAAAUGCAACCCUUGAUCUUAAUUACCCUUCGUUCAUGCUCAUCUUAAACAAUACCAACACCACUCGAGUAACCUUUCAAAGGGUGUUAACGAAUGUGGGGAAAUCAAGGUCUACAUAUCGAGCGAUGCUAGAGACUCCUCCUUCGGGUAUGAAUGUUGUUGUAAAGCCUGCAACGAUCUCUUUUGAAGGAAGAUACAGUACGGCCAAGUUUGAGAUCACUGUCGACGUUGACAUAACUCAUGCUCCUCCGACGUAUGCUGGGUAUUAUGGGAAUUCAGGGUAUCUAAGCUGGCAGGAGGUGAAUGGAACCCAUGUCGUUCGAAGUCCUAUCGUAUCUGCCACUGCAUCUGGCAAGCCAUUCCAAAUCUAG